AUGUUCUCGACCCUGUCCCGUUUCCCUCCUCCGUCCGUCGACGAAGAGGAGGCCUACAUAGAGCAACAGGCUGCUCAGCUUGAAGCGGAGUGGGCUUCCCCGCGGUACAAUGGCAUAACGCGACCCUACUCGGCGCGCGACGUGGUCUCGAAGCGCGGAACACUCGGCCUACCGGCCCCGUAUCCAUCUUCCGUGCAGGCCGACAAGCUAUUCGCCCUUUUCUCCGAGCGGGCGGCGCAAAAGCUACCAGUGCAUACAAUGGGAGCCAUUGAUCCUGUGCAGAUGACACAGAUGGCGGAGAACCAAGAGGUGCUCUACGUGUCUGGCUGGGCCUGCUCAGCCGUGCUCACGACCACGAACGAAGUCUCCCCCGAUCUCGGCGAUUACCCAUACGAUACAGUCCCUAACCAGGUCGACCGACUCUUUCGCGCUCAACAGCUACAUGACAGGCGAUCAUGGGACGAAUGGCUCUCGCUGUCUGCGGACGAGCGACGCGCUCGUGUCCGCGGCGGCAAUCCCCGGAUCGACUACCUGCGCCCGAUAAUAGCCGACGGCGAUACCGGCCACGGCGGUCUGUCUGCAGUCAUGAAGCUUGCAAAGCUUUUUGCGGAAAGGGGUGCAGCAGCGAUUCAUUUGGAGGAUCAACUUCACGGCGGCAAGAAAUGCGGACAUUUGGCGGGGAAAGUCGUCGUUCCACCGUCAACUCAUGUUUCGCGCUUGAUUGCCACUCGCAUGCAGUGGGAUAUCAUGGGGUCACGCAAUCUUGUAAUUGCACGGACAGAUGCUGAAUCGGCUAAGCUGUUAUCGUCUUCCGUCGAUCCGGCAGAUCACGAGUUUAUUUUGGGAGUUUCCGAGCCGGUCAAGCCGCUGGCACAGGUGCUAGCCGAAGCCGAGCAGAGCGGGAUCUCGUCUGCGGAAUUGAACGCGCUCGAGAGCGAGUGGAUGGAAAAGGUGAGGCUGUCAACGUUUGACGAAGUGGUUGCUGAUAGACUGGCGAAAGAUGGCAAGUCAGACCAGAUUGAAGCCCACAAGGCCGAAGCCAAAGGUCUGUCGAACUACGAUGCGCGCAUAGUUGCUCAGAAAUACGUUGGAAGCGAGGUGUUUUUUGAUUGGGACGCACCCCGCACGCGCGAGGGACAUUACCACGUGAGAGACGGGCUUGCACCGGCUUUGAAGCGCGCACUGAUCUACGCGCAGUACGCGGACAUGCUCUGGAUCGAGACCAAGGGCCCGGAUGUGAAGCAGGCGCAGGCGCUGGCGGCGGCGGUGCACGAAAAGUAUCCCGGUAAAUGGCUAGUGUACAAUCUCAGCCCGUCGUUCAACUGGAGCGCACAUGGAUUUUCGGACGCGGACUUGAAGGAGUUUGUGUGGGAGCUGGGCAAGUGUGGGUUUGUGCUGCAACUGAUUUCUCUGGCCGGAUUGCACAGCGGCGCUACGGUAACUUGCGAGCUGUCGCGCCGGUUCCGGACUGAUGGGAUGAAGGCGUAUGUCGAAUUGAUUCAGCGGAAGGAGAAGGAACUCAAGUGCGACGUGUUGACGCACCAGAAGUGGUCGGGAGCAAACUACGUGGACGGGAUCUUGCAGAAUGUACAGGGCGGAAGCUCGAGCACGAGCAGCGUGGGCAAGGACUCGACGGAGAACAGUUUUUGA